AUGUUCAUGAUAGCCCUGUCAUUCAGUUUUAUUUGCAAAUCACUUGCAGGAAUUGUUAUGAAAAGUUCUAUCACUCACAUAGAAAGAAGAUUUGGUACAACAUCAUCUGAGGCUGGUUUAAUUGAUGGAAGCUUUGAAAUGGGCAAUUUACUAUUUCUAACACUGGUAAGUCAUUUUGGAUCCAAAUCACACAUUCCACGAAUAAUUGGAACUGGGUGUUUCAUUAUGGGAAUUGGAAGUAUUUUAACUUGCUCACCUCACUUUUUCAUGGGAUAUUACAGAUAUGACUCAACAUUAAGUGUUAAGGCACUUGAGAAUUCAACAGGAAUCUACACUCCUUGCUCAACUGAUCUCAAUUCAACAGGCUAUAGCAAAUCAUCUGCACUAUUAAAAUCAAGUUGCAAAAAUGAAUCUGGUUUACCCAUGUGGAUAUAUGUGCUUAUGGGAAACAUGUUACGUGGGAUUGGGGAAAGCCCAAUUACACCCCUGGGAAUCACCUACAUUGAUAAUUUUGCUGAAGAAGGACAUUCUACUUUUUACAUAGGUAUUUUGCAUUCAUUAUCAAUGUUUGGCCCUCUAUUUGGUUUUCUCCUGGGAUCAUUAUGUGCAAAACUGUAUGUGGAUAUUGGAUAUGUGGACUUAAAUACCAUAACAAUAAAGCCAACAGACUCCCGUUGGGUUGGUGCAUGGUGGCUUGGCUUUCUCAUAAUGGGAAUCCUUAGUAUUGCUGCUGGGAUACCAUUCUUUUUCAUCCCCAAGAGUCUGGAAAAACCAACAAAAGAAAGGAAAAUUUCUGCAUCUUUGGAUAUAUCUAGUACCAAUGAAAGUAGAAGUCAAAGGACAAAUUUUAAAAAUCCAGAACAAAAAAAGGAGUCUAAAAAUUUGGCAGGCUUCUUCCACUCCUUGAAAUGCAUUCUUAGUAACUGGAUGUACAUUAUCUACUUGAUUCAUUCGUUGUUUUCCUUUAGUAGUUUUAUUGGCUACAUUACUUUUAUGACAAAAUUUUUAGAACAGUACUUUGGCCAGUCAAUUUCUAAAUUGAAUUUUUUCAUUGGAAUAAUAAUCAUGCCUGUUGUUAGCAUUUCAAUUUUUUUGGGAGGAUUUAUUUCUAGAAAACUUAAACUGAAAACCCUUGGAAAUACCAAACUAUUAUUUAUUUCUUAUAUUUGUGCUACUGCUUUUCAAGUAUUACUUUUGUCAUUCAAUUGUGAAAGAAGAUCAGUAGCUGGUUUAACAGUAACUUACGAUGGGAAUAACCUAAGGACACAUCCUCAAAACACCUCAUUUCCUUUCUGCAACUCAGAGUGUAAUUGUGAUGCCAAUCUAUGGGAUCCUGUUUGUGGGGAUAAUGGAAUCACUUACAUGUCCCCAUGUUUGGCUGGAUGCAAAUCUUCAGUAGGUCAUGGAAACGAUUUGGUCUUUCAUAACUGUAGCUGUAUUGAAGCUCACAAUUUCCAGUCCAGCACCACCUCAGCUCAUUUGGGCCAAUGCUCAAUGUCAGAUGAUUGUUCGAGAAAGUUUAUUUAUUUUAUGGCAGUGCAAACUUUGAGCUCUUUCUUUGUGGGAUUAGGAGGUUCCCCCAAAACGGUGCUGACUUUUAAGAAUGUUGAGCCUGAACUGAAAUCACUUGCAGUGGCUAUUCAUUUACUGAUUUUGAGAACAUUAGGAGGAAUUUUAGCCCCCAUAUAUUUUGGAGCAGCAAUAGACUCAUCAUGUCUGAAAUGGGCCACCAAUAACUGUGGAGGUAAAGGGGCUUGUAGAAUAUAUGACUCCAUAUCUUAUAGAAACAUCUUCUUUUCCUUGGUUGUAGGGUUAAAUGUACCAUCAAUCAUCUUAUUAAUCAUAUUAUACAUGGUUAUGAAGAAAAAAUAUGGAAAAAAUAAUAUUGGCCAAUCUAGUAAUGGGGAAAUAGAUGUGGAUGAAUCAAAUCUUAGAGAGCCUUUAAAAAAUAACAAACAAUUUAUUACCUCUGUCCAUGAGGACAGUGAAACACGCAUUUAAAAAAAAAAAAAAAAACAAAGCAAGGUUGUACUAUUAUUUGUUUUCAACCAAGAUACCUUUGCUUCCUUCUUUAAUGAAAUUCAAAAGCAUCAGGAACCAAAAUGUCAUCUAGGAGCAGUUAGUUUAUUCAGUUAUUUUUGAGCUAAAACUGUUCUUUUUCACUGAGAAUAUGUAUACUUAAUUAAUUUAUAUAUAUACUUAAUUAAUUUGGAAUAUGGAAAUGAUAAUAAUACAAAACCUAAAUGAAAAAAAAAGGUAAUGGAACAUCUUGUUGCGGUGUAGUUCUGAUCAUGAUGAAAGUCAUAUCAUUGUACACAUAUUAUUGUUUGCAUUGUUCACAUAACAUUGUAAGAAACAACAACAACAACAACAAAUGACCUGUGAGAUUUAAUAGAUAAUUAGAGGCGAAAUAUUUGUUGAGUUAAUUAUUCCCUUAAGUUAUUCAAAUAGGUAGAUACUCUGGACACAGUUCAAUGAAAAGAUGAAAGAACCACCUAUGGUAGAAAAGAAAAAGAUGCUCAUUUGUUUGACCAUCUUAACCCAUAUGCCAAUAUAUAGAAUUGCCACUCAAUGUAAAACUAUAAGUCUUUCGUUUUCUUGCACUGGAAAAAAAAAUCAUAUAAAGGCAUGAGCAUUGAAAAAAAAUGUGAUUUAUCUUCAUUGCAAAUAUGAGGGCAAAAAUGUUUGCAACACUUUUUUAAUUGUCUCCCCAUUCCCUAAUUAAAUUGUCUUCCCAAUUCCCUGAUUCAACAUUACUCACUUCCUGAUAUAUAAUUAUUUGAAUUUGUUUAAAAUAAAUGUGAAUAAAACAUUAAUAAGA